UCAGUCAGUAAUCGGUGAUGUUGGAUUUUCUUUAAAUUUUUAUUUUGUAAUGUUAUUUUUUAUUUUAUUCUUCAGUGCAUAAUUUAAUAGACUUCAGUUUUUUAUGUAAAAUCACAAACUUUCGGAUAAUAUCAGAGAUUCUGGUGAUUCCAUAGAACAAAGAUGUUGCGGUUCCUGAGUAGAAGAGGGCGCUCUUCGAGCCAGAACCGUAACAAACAAGGUCAGAAAACAUCUAUAAAUAAAAACCUUAUUCAAUGCAAGGUUAUGUUGCUUGAUGAAACUGAUUUAUCGAUAAAUUUAUCAAAAAAGGCUAGUGCUGGCGAUUUAUAUGAGCAAGUUUUUUACUCAUUAGAUUUGAUAGAAAAAGAUUACUUUGGCCUGCAGUUCACUGAUACAAAUAAUGUCAAACAUUGGCUUGAUCCAACUAAAACUAUUAAAAAGCAAGUUAAAAUUGGACCACCAUAUACUUUAAGAUUAAAAGUAAAAUUUUAUUCCUCUGAACCAAAUAAUUUAAGAGAAGAAUUGACAAGAUAUCAGUUCUUUUUGCAGCUGAAGAAAGACAUUUUAGAAAGUAAAUUGGAAUGUCCUCAUUCAACUGCAGUUGAGUUGGCUGCUUUAGCUCUACAAUCAGAGCUGGGUGAUUUUGAUGAAACUGUGCACACACCAGCAACAGUAUCAGAGUUUAGAUUUGUACCAAACCAAACAGAGGAAAUGGAGAUAGAAAUUUUAGAGGAGUACAAGAAAUGUAAGGGCCUUACCCCUGCACAAGCUGAAGUAAAUUAUCUUAAUAAAGCUAAGUGGCUUGAAAUGUAUGGUGUUGACAUGCACAUUGUUUUAGGUAAAGAUGGAUGUGAGUAUCAUUUAGGAUUGACACCAACUGGAAUAUUGGUUUUUGAAGGUCCCCAAAAAAUCGGACUCUUUUUUUGGCCUAAAAUAAGCAAAUUAGAUUUUAAAAAGAAGAAAUUAACUCUAGUGGUUGUUGAAGAUGACGAUCAAGGCCGGGAACAAGAACAUACAUUUGUUUUUCGUCUACACAAUGAAAAAGCCUGCAAACAUUUAUGGAAAUGUGCUGUUGAACAUCAUACUUUCUUCCGUUUGCGAGCACCAGUGAAAGGACCAUCGGCCAGACAAAACUUCUUUAGAAUGGGAUCGCGAUUCCAAUAUUCAGGUAAAACUGAAUACCAAACUACUCAACAAAAUCGUGCCAGACGUACUGUACAAUUUGAGAGACGGCCUAGUCAACGUUUUGCUCGACGGCAAAGUCAUGUGUUGAGAGAAAGGGAGAAGCAAAAUAAUGCUUCAAAAACUGAGACAAAUGCUCAACCUGAGGCAGCAAGUGAAGUACCCAGUACAUCUGCUGAUGCACCAGUAUCUAUGUCUGAUACUAGUGCUGGCACUUUAUCCAGGAAGAGUAGUGCAAAAUCACAAAGAUCAUCUCUAGUAGAAAGCGAUGUAAAAGUAACCGAGGUUGGUGAACUGUCAACAAAGAAUGUUAUAAAUGAUGAACCUUCUGAAGAAGUCGCGAUAUCUAAAGAUGACGCUAUAAGUAACAAAGUUCUGUUUAAAGUUGAAAAGGUGGAGGAGAAGAGAAAUAAUCUUACUCAGCUAGUUCUCAAUAAAACACCAUGCAAUUGCUCACCUGUUACAGAAUCUAAUCCAUUGAAUGAUCUUUUGAUGAGUUUAGUCAAAGAGAAACUGAAUAAUGAUGAUUCUAAAAAUGAAGUGAAACGAGACCAGUUGGAUUCUAUUAGCGACAAGGAAGUACCUAACAAUCAAGCAAAAUGUUACUUGUCGUCAACUAAAGCUCUUCCUCCUGGUCAAUUAAAAUGUAAUAAUAUAUUGAAAGCUCGAGAAAAUGAAGUAAAGAUAAUCAAUGAAUCUACGAAUAUCAAUGUUUCUAUACCGUCUACGCCAUCACCAAAAAUUUUAAAUGAAUCAUUACCUUCUAAUCCAAUAAAUUCUCAAUAUGUAUCGAUUGUUGUGGUUGAACCACCUCUUACUCAACCGAAACUAGCAUCUCCUAAACCCAUGGAGAGGAAAGAGGAUACAACACCGAAAUCUCAACCUAUAUCAUCUCUAUCGCCGUGGCUUGUUACUUCCGAACCAAGUUCUCCAUCUGGCAUAGGAGAAAAGGAAAUCACAAUAAUUCAUCGUAAAUCUGUAAUUACAACACAACUGUAGCUUAUGGUAAAAUAAUUGUAUUUAUUUGAUUUUAUAAAUUAUGAAUAUUCAAAUAAUGUUAUUUCAAAAAUAUAUACACUCAAAUAUAUUUACCCAAUGUAGUUUUUAGAUAUGAUACUUAAUACGUACUUUGGAUAGAAUUUGCUUUAAUUGCAAAUUUAUUUAUCAUAAAUUUUGCUUAUUUAAAAAAAAAAUACAUAUUAACAUAAACUCGCUUAGUCAACCUUUCUAUAUUACAACAGUUAUAAUAUAUUGCCGUCUUAUCGAAUUGAAGCGGCCAAUUCUACAAACAUGAACGCUGUAUUUGUUUUUUCAACUGUUUUUAUUGAAAAAAUCUUAACGUAUGCCUAGGCGCUAGUAGGUAUUAUAAUAUCUUGUCUCAUAUUGAUCCUAACAUGCAAAAAUCAAGUUUUUAGACCAUCUAGUGUAUGUUAUACGGAUCAGUUGAGCGAGCGAGAUAUGUAUCAUUAUUAUUAUGUAUGUAUGUACAUAAAGGAUAAAGUAUUCUUCAACAUAUUUUGAAUAUUUUUUAAUAUGCUACUUACUAUACUUAUUAUUCUUACUCUGGUUUAUUUGAUAAAGGAUUCAUUAAUUAAAAGUAGGUAAAUCAGUUAUAAUGUAGAAUUAAAUAAAAAUAGUGAUAUAUUUCGUGCCUGAAAAUACUUUGAAUUUACUAUGAAACUUAAUUACUUCAAGGCUAAUGAAACGAACAACAGUUUGAUGAUGAUGACAUUAGCUCCUAGUACUCAUCCAUCUUCAUUCCAAAACCCUGUUUGGGUUAGGCAGAGAGAUCGAAUAUUUAAGAAGUUUUAAUUUCUCUUUAAAGUUUCGACAGAAACCCUAAAGUGAGAAAACUUAUAAAACUGGGAUCUUUAUUUAUUAAAUUAAGGUACUCUCUGAGAACAGUCAGUAAUUUACCUAUUUAAUUUCUAUCGAUUGAAUUGUUUGAAAACAAUCAAUUCCUAAUUUGUUUUACUAUUGGGUAUCAGCAAACUGUUUUGUUGCCAAGUCAAUUAUUUAUUUGAUUACAUUUUCAUAAAGCUCUAUUUAAACAGGUUAUAGUUUAAUUUUUAUGUACUUAUAAGUAUGUAAGUUAAUUUUAAACUUUCGCGUUGUUUACACAUAAUUUUAAAUAUACAAUCGGGACUUACCGCGAGGAAAAGGUUUUACAGUUAAAUAGUACCUACAUACCAUCUUCUUUAUUGCCGACGUUUCGACGUGGAUUGUACUACGUCAUGGUCACGACAGAACUGAAGUGAGUGAAGUGAUAUAGGCUUUCAUCAGUAUGGAAUUAGUAUACUAAAAAUAUGCGAUAAUUUGUUUAAACGUAGUGUAGAGACCAUGAGAGGGGUGUGUAGGGUGGCUCUAGAUAAUAAUGGUAACAAUGUGAGCGUAACCGAAGAGACUGCGCGAGCUGCCAGACGAAACCGCCGCUCACUUCAGUCACGAGAUGGUACAAUCCACAUCGAAACGUUGGCAAUAAAGAAGCAGGUAUGUAGGUACUAUUUACCCGUAAAAGCGUUAAAUCUCGAUUGUGUAUUUAAAAAUAGGAUGUAAGUUAAUACAAGUAUCAAGCAUUCCCUUAUAGUUAAUAUUUUGCCAAGUUGAUACCUGGCUAAUUAUUAUAAAUAUACAUGUGAUAAAUGUUUAUAAUGCCGUCCAUUUUCUGGCUUAGAUACUUAAAUACAUAUAUAGUAACAUUCCUAAUAAAUAUAUAU